AUGCUACAGAACCCUACUAGCCGUUCAUUUAGUUUCUUUUGUGAUGAUACAUUCUUUUCUCACGCUUUCAUCCUCUUUCUCUCUCAUUUCCCCACACUUUUAGAUCUUCCUUAUUUCUGUUUCUCACGGUCGCUCACGUACACAUUCUUUAAUGAAACACUCUCCUUUCACGCUUUCAUCCUCUUACUCUCCCUGUUCUUCCAUUCGCUUACAUCUUCCUUUUCCCUAUUUCAGCCAUCCUUAUUUCCGAUUUUCUUUCUCACAGUCGCUCACUUACUAUUUCUCUCUUUGAUUACACACUAUUCUCUCACGCUUUCAUCCUCUUUCUCCCACCUCUUUCUCUCUCAGAUUUUCCACCCACUUAUAUUUUACUUUUCUCUAUUUCAGCCACCCUUAUAUCCGAUUCUCUUUUUUUACGCUCGGUCACUUACCCUCGCUCUCUUUGAUGAAACACUCAUAUCUCACGCUUUCAGCCUCUUUCUCUCCCAGUUCUUCCUCUCUCUUGCAUCUUCCUUUUCUGUAUUUCUUUCAUCCUUAUUUCCGAUUCUUUUCUUUGUUUGUUUGUUUUUUUUCUUUCUUUCUUUCUUUCUUUCUUUCUUCUCCUGUGAUUUUAUUUUUCGUUCUUUCUUUGUUUCUUUCUUUCUUUGUUUCUUUGUUUCUUUCUUUCUUUCUUCUCCCGUGAUUUUCUUUCUUUCUUUCUUUCUUUCUUUCUUUCGUUAUUUUAUUUCUCUCUUUUUCUUUCUCUCUUUUUCUUUCUUUCUUUCUUUCUUUCUUUCUUUCUUUCUUUCUUUCUUUCUUUCUUCAUUGAUUUCAUUACUCUGUUUAGCAUUUUCCUUCUUUCUUUCUUAA